UGCGCCCGCGACAGUUGCUGGAGUACUUUCCCGCGCGCCGCACGCGCACCUCUCGCUCGCAGUCGCCCGCAAUUACGUGAUCCCAUUUAAAGCCAUUCCCAUUCCAAGUGUGAAAACUACAUCAAUUGAGCAAUCCUUUGUUUUAUUCGCCGUUUAUAUUUGUGCAAUCUUCAGUGUGCAUAGCGGAAGCAGGGGGUGAACGGUAAAGAUCAGCUGAUUGUAUACUUAGGCAAAUGAGAUGAUAAGGCUGCACCUAACAGACCGACACCUACGUGUGAUGCUGUGGUGCAUCCUGCUGGGACUGCAGCCGGCCUUCGGAGGCAUCCUGGACCCGUUCAACUGGGCGAGAUCGGACAGAAUUGAAGUUAACAUCCCAUGGUUGCCAUUCGAAAACGAAACGAGAUGCUACGACGAGCUAGGUUGCCUGAACAUCACAAGGAGUUGGUACCACCUCAUCCACCGGCCCUUCAAUGUCUUCCCGCUUCCCAGGGUCGUUAUAAACACAAGGUUUAUUUUAUACACAAAGAAAAAUCCCACCGACGGUCAGAUUCUGAACGUGAACGUGAACAAAACCAUAGUGAAAUCAAACUUCAGCCCGCGGCGGCUCACCAAGAUGAUCAUACACGGCUUUAUCGACACACCACUUUCCAACUGGGUCAGUGAGAUGAAGGACGAGCUGGUGAAGGCGGGCGACUUCAACGUGGUGGUGGUAGACUGGGCCGGCGGCAGUCUCCCGCUGUACACGCAAGCUACCGCCAACACAAGGCUAGUUGGCUUGGAGGUGGCGCACUUUGUCAAUACACUACAGAAAGACCACGGUUUGAAUCCUCUUGACGUCCACAUCAUAGGCCACUCGCUGGGCGCUCACACGGCGGGUUACGCCGGCGAAAGGAUACAAGGCUUAGGAAGAAUAACAGGCCUGGACCCGGCCGAACCAUAUUUCCAAGGAAUGCCCACCAAUGUGCGGCUCGACCCCACCGACGCUGAGUUCGUAGACGUCAUACACACAGACGGAAAAAGCAUUUUCCUUUUAGAUUUUGUGUUUAUGGCAGGAUAUGGGAUGUCGCAACCAGUGGGCCACUUGGACUUUUACCCGAACAAUGGCAAGGAACAGCCGGGUUGUGACCUCACCGAAGGCCCCCUGGUGCCCCUGACGCUGGUUAAACAGGGCUUGGAAGAGGCCUCGAGGGUGCUAGUGGCUUGUAAUCAUGUUCGUGCUAUCAAACUUUUCACUGAAUCUAUCAACGGGAAAUGUUCCUAUAUAGGGCAUCAGUGUCCGUCGUACCAACAUUUUCUGGACGGAAAAUGUUUCCAUUGCGGCCAUGGAUGUGCGAUCAUGGGUUUCCACGCUGACAGUUCUCCAGGCUUGAUAACGAACAAGAACAACCAGUCGGAGAACGAAGUGUACCCAUCAGAGGAACAAGAGACUAUCGGAGCUAGGUACUAUCUCAACACUGGUAAAGAACAACCAUUUUGCCAACGCCAUUACAGAAUCGCUAUACAGCUCGCUAACCCAAAGGGAGCGGAGUCUUGGGUCCAGGGUUUCUUAAAGGUGACGUUGCUAUCCGACCGAGGAGUAAUACGAAGGAUGGACUUAACCCCAAGUAACUACGUCAAAUUAGAACACGGGACGUCAUUCACAGUAGUUGUCACACACCCAAUGGAUUUGGGUGGUAAAGUUAGAAAGGUGGAAUUAUCAUGGGAAUACGAUAUGAACGUGCUGGAGCCGCGGUCUCUGUGCAUUCUGUGGUGCAACGACCGCCUGUACGUCAAGUCCGUACUAGUCGACCAGAUGGAGCUGCCUAGCAGAGGAAAACGCAACGUGGACUUCAGCAGCAAGCUGUGCACGCCAAAGCGCGAGUUCGCCGAGAUCCCCAACCGAGGCUCGGCCAGUUUCUACGACAACUGCGGCAGGUAGCGGCGCCGUGUCCGCUCGUCGGCUUUAGUUUCAAUUGGCCACACACUAGUGCCACCCUGCUAUUUUCAACACAACAUUGGCACUAUGUGUGUGUCAGGCACCGAACGUGAAAGAGACUGACAUAAACAGCGCGAUCGUGGCGCUUGAUCGCCGAGAGAAAGUCUCUUGGAUACUUGCUAUAUAGGCGAAUCUCAUCAUACCAGUCGGAGGACGUCCACUACUGACCAAGUGACCAGAUAUCAUCAAGAAUAUCCAUAACUCCUGGUUACGCGCUGCCUACAAUCGACUAACUAAAUCGGUGCACUAGUGCAGGGGCCUUUCCACCUGCCUCUGCCCUGCCUCUUGUAUUUAAGAUGUCUCCGGUAUGUGGACGAAAGGCGACAUCUUACCGGUACAAAAGACUUAUGAACAUCUCAAAAUGAAAAUACAUAAAGAACUAAUUAGUGAUGUUGGGAUCGGAGAAUAAGGUACCUGUGACUGUGAAUCCCAGUGAUGAUUAUACAGGGUGAUGUGAGAUUUUGUACCUAAAUUAUAAACUUGUUGACGUUAAUGUUUAAGGCGCUGUUCAAUACUCGUUUAAUUAUAGUUUAGGUAUGGAAGUUAACUUGUUUCAAAAGUAUUUUUGGCUAAUUUGGAUGUCAAUAAUCUCAAAGUGUCAAAUUGUAUAUUUUCGAUCUAAUAAUUUUGUUAUUUAUUUAUUGAGGGUUUGUUUUUUUUUUCUCUUACGGUUGUUGUAAAUAUGAUAACGUUAAGUUUGAUUAAAAAACACUAUAUCUAUAAGCAUUUAUACAAAGUAAGUCUGAACAAAUUUUAUUUAUUUAAAGGUGAUUUUAUACUUGACGAAUAAAAUUGCAAAAACCUA